CACUUUGGUUCACUGCGUCCCCGAGGCACGGGAAAGGUCCGCGCGUCCUUCAUGCGCAUCUCAGCCUGACAGGACCCACCUGGAAUAACGUUUCCAGUUACCUCGUCUCAUUCAUUUGACCUCACGGUUUCACAUGAAGCGCCGGGAGUUGAAAGAAACGUGAAUCGUCCUAAAAUGGUUUCGCCGAUGCGGUGAAUGCUGAGAUCAUGAUGAGGGAGGGGUCCAGUGGGAUGGAGCAGAGUUUUAUGCAGUCCGCGAUGGCUAUGGGCGCACAGUCCAAGAAAGGCUUCUCCAGGAGCAUCGCCGUGGAGAGGAAAAACCUCAUUACGGUUUGUAGGUUUUCAGUAAAGACACUGUUAGAGAAGUACACAGCAGAGCCCAUCGAUGACUCGUCUGAGGAGUUUAUUAACUUUGCUGCUAUCCUGGAACACAUUCUCAGUCACCGCUUUAAAGGCUCUGGCAGCUGGUUUGAUGGUCAGCGCAGUUUUUGGGACUUCAUCCGUCUGGCCUGCAGUAAAGUGCCCAAUAACUGCAUAAGCAGCAUUGAGAACAUGGAGAACAUCAACUCCUCACGAGCAAAGGGCAGAGCAUGGGUACGGGUUGCACUGAUGGAGAAACGGCUGUCUGAAUACAUCGCCACAGCUUUGCGAGACAGCCGCACCACCAGGAGGUUCUACGAUGAAGGUGCCAUAAUGUUGCGAGAAGAAGCAACUGUUUUGACCGGCAUGCUCAUCGGACUUGGAGCGAUUGACUUUAGUUUCUGUUUGAAAGGGGAGGCUCUGGAUGGGAAGUCUGAGGCUGUUAUUGACUACACUCCUUAUUUGAAAUUCACACAAAGUUAUGAUUAUCUAAGUGACGAUGAGGAUGGCCAGAGUGUGGACAGCAGUAACAGUGAUGACAGUGUUGAGCAUCCAUACAUCCCUUUGGUCACCGAUGAGGAGAGCUGGAGGAAUAAGUGCCGCAAGAUGGAGCAGAGGUUCAAGAUCGUCAAUGCGCAAAAGGGGUACCUCGAGGAGCUUGUGAGGCUGCGGGAAUCUCAGCUGAAGAAUGUGGAGAUGGAGAAUAAGAAGCUAACGGCUGGACUUGAAGAACUGCAGCUGCAGAGCCAGAAAGAGAAGAGAGAACUGGAGAACAUCAUUCUGGAGCUGCAGGAACAACUGACAAGUCUGAUUCCAAGCGAAUCACAUCCACUCUCUAAAGAUUUGUCAAUCCCUCUUGUUAACCAAUGGCCGUCACUUCAAAACUACAACAACCAGGAGGACAGGAAACUGUACCACAGGGGAAGUUUCCCCAGCCCAGAGCCACAUAUAAGCCUAACCACAGAUUCUCAGAGGACGGAAAGGAAACAGAAUGGAAAAGCCUGGUGCACAGCAGAAAAGGACUACACUCCCUCUAUGUUAGGUCUGUGUGGUUCUCUGUCCUCUCUACCCAGCUGUAAGUCCCUGCCAAGCCUGAGGUCGACAGAGUGCCUGGUAAACAUCAGCGCAGAGCCCAGUCCUGCUCUAACCCCCAGCUAGGGACCACCAAAUGAGACAAAGCAGAGAGAAACGGCAUUGUCAGCUAAGACAUUCAAAGAUACUAUGGCUCGGCUACAGCCUGUGUAAUACCCGUUACAUUAAUUCUCAUGAAAGUAUCAUUGAUAAAAUAUAGCGAGAGCUUUGUAGUUAUGGCAAGGGAUAUUUUCUCACAGAUUUAUCCUGUCAGAGCUUUUCGAAUGCGGAUCUUUGAAUGUCUUUGGUGUUCAAACCUUUCUCCUGACUUGUGAUAUUCAGUGAAGGCAAACUGUGGACUAUGCACUGAAAGACUUGAGACCUAAAAACCAGUUUUCGUUACUGCUUCACGUGUCAAACCCCAACACAGUUUUCCCUUUAAAAUCUCUUACGGGAACAUACAUACUUACAAAACACAUACAGACACUGAAUCGAGAAAAAUGUGUGAAAGCAAGCAUAUUAUAUUUACAAAGUAGUAUUUUGACAUUAUCAUUACUUUUUUCAAUCAUCUAAACGUUCCUCCUCUGCCAAACAACAUGCAAGAACUAAAAGGAUCAACAAGAAGAUGUGUAUGUCUAUUGUACAAUUUACAGUGGUAAUAAAAUGAAAGACAUUUCUGGAAUAGCUGCCUUAUUCCUCUUUUCUUGCCUCUUGAAGUUAGUCUGAAGAUUGCUCUGCACAUGAUGGCAGUAUAAUAUUGCUAAAUGACUGACAGUGAGUGAAGUAAACAAAUGGACCAGUGUAUAUCUGCAUAUUGUUGUAUUGUACUGUAUGUUUGACAUCUGUUUGGCAUCUGUUGUUGCAUCAUUACAAUAUGUCUGCAAUGUGUGGACCACUGUCAUUUUCAGUAUAUUAGCUACAGAUUUGAAACUUUGCAUUGAUUUUAAUUGCAUUGGCAUCAUAUAAAACUGAUAAGCUAUAGAUUUACCCCCUCCAUCGUCAGUGUAACUGAAAGUCAGUUUGUUUGAGAAUGUGUGUGUGUUGUGUUAGACAGCUGUUCACCCUCAGUUAGCAUACAAAAAUUGUUUUUUAUUUAUUGCACAUUAUUUCUUUGUUUAAAAAUCCAUUGGAAACUAUGCUGUUUUGUCACUUAAAAUCGCAAUAAAACUGCCUUUUUUUGUCCUAA